AUGGACCAGGGAGCACCUCUGAAGGAAAUCUCAAUAGACAUGGAGAUAAAUGAGGAGGAGGAGGUGUCUUCACUCUUGGAUCAGCGUGAAAUUAAUCCAAAUGAUGCUCCUGGUGUUACAGAUGCGCAAACAAAAGGACAGGAUUCAUCGGCUCCUCACAGUAACACAAAGGCUCUCAUCAAGGACAGGGACCCAAAGGGAAUCAACAAGUGUCUUAAGGUGAGCUUUGAGGAUGUGCUAGCGGAGCCUGCUUCAGUGAGAAGCUUUGAUAAGGUGUGGCUGUGGAGUCAUGCUCUGUUUGAAGUGUCCCGACUCUGGUUUUACCGCAUCGUUUCCCUGCUGCUCGCGGUGCCCGUGGCUCUGGCUGCAGGCCUUCUCUUUGCUGUCCUCAGCUGUCUACAUAUUUGGCUGAUAGUUCCCAGUGUGCAGCUCUUGGUCAUAAACUUGCACUGGAUAAAGGUGGUCUGGCAUAAUGUGCUGAACAUUGCAAUCUCCCCCUUCUUCAGAAGUUUUGGAAAGUGCUGUGGAUUCAUCAGAAUCAGUCUGGAAAAAUAUUAA